UUGUAAUAAUCUCCCAUGAGAACUGUCCAAACAACUGUGAAGGCAAGAGAGAGCUGCGAGGGGCAAUCCUAUUCCUGAAAGCACGGCAACAGGGGACUGAAGCUGACCAUAAUGAAUCUUUUCUGCUUUUCACUGGAGGGCUCUAUGGACAGCUUGUAUGAGCCAGUCCCAGAGCAACAAACUAACCAAGAAAGUGCCUCUGGUAGAGCUGCUCCUCUCUCAUGCUUUGAGGAGAGUGGAAAAACCCGCAGCAAUCUCUUCAUGGAAGUUUCUAAUUUUGAGAAAGCAAAACCAAAAAGAAAGUCAAUCCAGAGAUCUAUGUCUGAAAACAAAGUAUUUGAAGGAAAAACUGUGAAUGACACACUCUGGCAGGAGCCCAGCAAGCCUGAGAAUGAUUCCCACAUCAGAAGACUCUGUCAGCUAGAAGAUGUAAGUGAAGAUGAUGAUUUUCUUCUGAGUAAUAACAUACAAACCCUUCAAGGAAAGAGACUACAGGGCAUUUCCCACCAGGUGACCUUUGAAUGUUGGAGUGCAUCUUACUGUCAAAGACAUGUUAAGCCUACUGCCAGUGAAAUAGCAAUAAGACCAGGUGGUGACCCAGUGGAAUCCAUGGGGACGUUAAAGAGACUACAGAAACUGGUUUGGACCAAGAAAGCCAGGGUACCAAGUCUGGAUGAGACGAAACCCACGUUAAUAAAUCUCCAAGAUGAAGAUGAAACAUUGAUUUCCUGUAUGAAAUUAGCCAAAUCUCAAGAAAGGAAAGUUAAUAAUGUUGGCACAAGGAGGAAGGAAGAAGUGGAGAUUAGAUUAGAUUCUAUUUCUGCAUCACUGGUUAGAUCUAGCACUUCAGCUGGAUGCAGCUUGGCAGAAAUGUUAUCCUAUAAUGAAGGUGAAAUUCCGAUGUGGAACAGCUGGAAGCCUUUUCCAGAAAACCCGCUCUGGACAUGUGUUGAUUUCCAAAUUGCCCAAGUUGCCCCCUGGGACAACUGUUUCCGCUGCACUCACCACCCACGUCUCAAGUCUUCUGGUACAGAUAUGGAUCUCCCACAUUCGUGGCGCAGCAGCAGUUUUGGGAAUUUUGAUCGUUUUCGGAAUAAUACUGUAUCAAAACCAGAGGAUUCAGCUGAGGUAUAUGAAGGGGAAGCCAUAUGUGAAAGUGGAGAACAAAAUAAAACUUCAAAUAAUGGAGGAAGUUUAGGUAAAAAAAUGAGAGCUAUUUCCUGGACAAUGAAGAGAAGAGUGGCUAAAAAGUACAUCAAAGCCCUUUCUGAGGAAAAGGGUGAGGAAGAUGGAGAGGAUGUCCUCCCAUAUCGGAACAGUGACCCUGUGAUUGGGACCCACGCAGAGAUCUCCCUCAAAACCAGUGACUCCAUGGACAGCCUCUAUAGUGGGCAGAGCUCAUCAAGUGGAAUUACAAGCUGUUCAGAUGGUACAAGUAACCGGGACAGCUUUCGACUCGAUGAUGAUGGCCCCUACUCUGGACCAUUCUGCGGCCGUGCCAGAGUGCAUACUGAUUUCACACCAAGCCCUUAUGAUACGGACUCCCUCAAAAUCAAGAAAGGAGACAUCAUAGACAUUAUCUGCAAAACGCCAAUGGGGAUGUGGACAGGAAUGUUGAACAAUAAGGUGGGAAACUUCAAAUUUAUUUAUGUGGAUGUCAUCUCGGAAGAGGAAGCAGCCCCCAAGAAAAUAAAGGCACAUCGAAGAAGUGAAAGGGAAAAAUCCAAGACUCUGCAGGAGUUCCUAGAGAGGAUUCAGCUUCAGGAAUACGCCUCAACACUUUUGCUCAACGGUUAUGAGACUGUAGAAGAUUUAAAGGAUAUAACAGAGAGUCAUCUCAUUGAAUUAAACAUUAAAAACCCAGAAGACAGGAUGAGGUUACUAUCAGCUGCUGAAAAUCUCCUUGAGGAAGAAACUAUUCAGGAAGAAGAAGAUGAAUCUGUGCCCCUAACCUUAAGACCAGACAUCUCCUUAAAUAAGUCACAGUUAGAUGACUGCCCAAGGGACUCUGGUUGCUAUAUCUCGUCAGAAAAUUCAGAUAAUGGCAAAGAAGAUCCGGAGUCUGAAAAUCUGUCUGACCUGGUACAGAAGAUUACUAUCACAGAGCCGAGUGACUGAACACACAUUCUCAACUCUAUAUUUGCAGAAGCAUUCCAUUUGAACUCUUCUUGAGCUAAAAGAUGAAAUAGGAGAAGAAAAGUAUUUGUAGAUACAACCUAAAGUUAAAAUGUCUCAAUCUGAAUGUACAUAAAAGUUCAUAUCUCUAACAUUCUCAGUUAUUGUAAAUAAUAUGCAUAUUUAUUACUUUAAAUGCUACAUGUUAAUAUAGCACUUGCCUGUAUUAGAAAAAGUAUAUAUAAGUCUUUGUUAUGUCACAUAAGCUUUAUUUGGCUUUCUUUUACAAGUGCAAAAUGAUAAAUUCCGCAGGAAAAAAAAAACCCUACUUUUUCUAUAACCACGAGUUUUGCAUUUGUGCAUAUUAUUGAGUGAAUAGUAAUGGAGCAUAUGUUUGUUUCCCCACUUGUCCAAGCAGCACUUAUUCUCAUUCUGAUACUUACUGGAAAAGUGUGAGUUAAUAUUAGAGACACGUUAUCCUGAUCCACAGUGGAGUUUUAGUAAAUUUUUUUUGUUGAUUUCUUCACUUAUCUGAUAUAAAAGUAUAGCUAGGGGCCAGCCCCGUGGCGGAGUGGUUAAGCUCACGUGCUCUGCUUCAGCGGCCCAGGGUUUCGCCGGUUCGGAUCCCAGGCACAAACCUAGCACCGCUCAUCAGGCCACGCUGAGGCGGUGUC